UCAGCUUCCCCACGGGCCGUUCCACCCCAGUGGUGUACCGAUCCCUAGUCGGGCCACCACAAUAUAUAUAUAUAUAUAUAUAUCUCUGUCCCGUGUUUGGGGUUGAUCAGUUCAUCAGGAGCCAUGUUGGAGGAUGUUUUUCCCCAGAUGCCCCCACCCUUGACCCUUCUGGGAGUGGUGCUGGUGCUGUUUUUGCUCUACCUGCUCUCCUCCACCCCUGGACCUGGAAAGGACCCACCGGGACCUAGACCCCUGCCUCUCCUCGGGAACCUGCUCCACCUGGACAUGAAACAGCUCCAUGUGUCUCUCUGUGAGCUGUCUAAGAAAUACGGAUCUGUGUUCACUGUGCACUUUGGCCCAAAGAAGGUGGUCGUCCUGGCAGGCUACAAGACAGUCAAAGAGGCGCUGGUCAACUAUGCUGAAGAGUUUGGAGACCGGGAAAUUGCACCCAUAUUUAGAGAUACUAUAAAAGGGCACGGUGUUGUGUUUGCCAACGGAGACUCCUGGAAGGAGAUGAGACACUUUGGAUUCACCACCCUGCAGGAUUUCGGAAUUGGCAUGAGAGAGAAGAUCAUGGAGGAAUCCCGCAACCUCAUCAAGGUGUUUGACAAUUUCAAGGGUGAGCCUUUUGACAUGACUCAGCUACUGAAUUACUUUGUCUUCAACAUAAUGUCCACCAUCGUGUACGGCAGCCGCUUUGAUUAUGCUGACCCUGCCUUUCAAAAAAUGAUUGACCGGGCCAAUGAAAAUGUCCGGAAUAUUGGUUCAGCAGAAAUACAGGUGUACAACAUGUUCCCAUGGUUGCGUUGGUGUUGUGGCUGGUGGCUGGUGAAUCGGAUCCAGAUUUUGAAGAACUUCAAAAACAACACUGAGGAGAUUAUGGGGCUGGUGCAGGGACGGAAGGACAAGCUCAACCCCCAGGACCUCAGGGGAUUUGUGGACGCCUUCCUAGUUCGACAGCAGGAGGUACGGAGAGGGAGAACUGCACCCUGGGGUCGAAUUGAACUGCCCUCAGCUUCAUCCUUAACCAGAAGCUUUCAUUACAUUACGGAGUCCCAGCCAGAUUCCUACUUCCACAACAACAACCUGAAAUGUACUGUCAGCAACCUGUUUGUAGCAGGUACAGGUACCAUUGCAGCCACCCUGAGAUGGGGCCUGCUGCUGAUGGCCAAGUACCCCCAUAUACAGGACCAGGUUCAGGAGGAGCUAAAUCAGGUCAUUGGGGACCGGGAACCCCGGGUGGAGGACCGGAGAAACCUGCCCUACACAGACGCCGUGAUCCACGAAACCCAGAGACUGGCUAAUGUUGUACCUAUGAGCAUUUCCCACACCACCAGCUGUGAUGUCACCUUUCAGGGAUACUUCAUCAAGAAGGGAACUGUCGUGAUCCCACUCGUGACAUCGGUGCUGCAGGAUGAGGAAGAGUGGGAGACCCCCCACAGCUUCAACCCUGGCCACUUCCUGGAUGAGAAGGGCUGCUUCAUCAAGAGAGAUGCCUUCAUGCCCUUCUCUGCAGGGCGACGGGCCUGUCUAGGAGAAAGCCUGGCCAGGAUGGAGCUCUUCCUCUUCUUCACCUUCCUCCUGCAGAGGUUCCGCUUCACACCACCACCGGGGGUGUCUGAGGAUGAGCUGGACCUGACACCGUCUGUGGGGCUCACCCUCACCCCUUCUCCCCACCAGCUGUGUGCUGUGAGCCGGGCCUAAACCCCACUCCAGCUGUGUGCUGUGAGCCGGGCCUAAACCCCACUCCAGCUGAUGAGUGUGAACCACACCUUUUCUGUUCUUCACCAAACCUUUCUUGGACAGAGUUCCUGUAAAUGUUUAUCUGGAUAUGAGUGUCUGCAAGAUUAUUAAAUAUACUGUACGUCUCCCCUGCACAGCUGAGAGCCGCUUAAAUCUUUGUUCCAGGCUUUUUCAACUACUCAUUCAUUCAAGUAUUUUAAAAAAAAAUGUUGCUUAUGGGUUGAUUAAGUAAUUGGUAUUAUAUUUGGAAAGAUAUUCGGAGUUUUUCAAAUGUAAAUGGUUAGCGCAUUCACCCCAAGAAAAGAUUAGAAAGAAUAUACCACAGUGAACAGCGUUUAAAAAAGUUAUCAAAUCUAAAGUUGUUCAUCUCAGUGAAACUAUCCAGAUGGAUAGAUAGUACUCUGGGUAAGCGAAACAAACUUUAAUUCAUUUUUGGUAAACUAACCCUUUAAACUGCAUUUUAAAGAGAUGUUUAUAUGAAAUGAUUGUGUUAUAAAAAUGCAGAAUCUUUUAGAUGAAUGACUAUCAGAGAUGUAAAAAUGAACUGUGCAGAGUUAUAUUAAGGAAAUAAACUUUAAAAAGCCAAACCCUC